CCAGUUGUGUGUAUAAACUGGCGUGUAAUAUGUAGCAAGCGGGAAGUUGGAACUGGAAGGUAAACGAAGAAACUUAACGUAAAGUUCGUUUUUUAAGGAAUGGAAAGUGGUCAUGGUCCUAAGCCAAAACUCGUAGUUUUUGACCUAGAUUACACGUUAUGGCCUUUUUGGGUUGACACUCAUUUUACACCACCAUUCCACAAAGAUAGUGAUGGGAAUGUUCUUGACAGUCGGCAGGCAAAAAUUCUUUUGUAUCCAGAUUCGAAAGAUAUUUUAAAACAGCUGAACGCAGAUGGUUACACUAUUGCUGUCGCAUCAAGAACCAGUUGCACUGCUGAAGCAAACAAUCUUUUGGAGAAAUUUGAUUUAAACAAAUACAUUUCACACAAACAGAUUUACCCAGGAUGCAAAAAGAAUCAUUUUUCAAAGUUCCAUGCAACAACUGGUAUAAAAUAUGAGGACAUGAUCUUUUUUGAUGACGAAUACAGGAAUGUGAGUGAUGUCUCAGAAAAAGGUGUCACUUGUAUCUUUGUUGAACAUGGAAUUAACUGGAAGGAAAUCAAAGAUGGUUUUAACAAGUUUCAGCGAAAUCGGAACCGCCCUUAAUUAAUGUUUUUCUUCUCUUUGUAUCGUGGCUCGAGACUUGUCAUACAUCGUAUGUUUUCCUUUAAAUUUCAAAUUCUUUAUUGCGAUAUUAUUUAUAAAUUUUACUCAGUGGACUUCUGAACUUAUUUUGCUUUUCAUUCAAAUUUCUUCUGGUUAUCAUGGUGGUAUUUAAAAUGAGUUAAUGCAACC